UUGAUAACUGUUCGUGUUGAUCAUCAGAACGAAUUCAAUAAAUUCAAUUUUGUAGUUUCGUACAUACCUAAUUCAGAAUGAAUCCAGCGUCAGCUACGUCCACUUCUGAGGACAGCCCGGCAUACAUUGAUUAUGUAGAAGAACAAGAAGGGCUAAUUGUUGAAUUGCGCGAACUGUAUGAGAAGCUGAAUGGGGAGGUUCAGAUUUUUCGUAACAGUCAAAACAACUCUGACAAAGAACAAGCAAAUGAAACUCAAAUGAAAAUUUGUGCUCUGGAACAGUACAUGGAUCGGUACGCGUCUAAUUACAUUCCGAUUCACAACGACACGGAACGUCAGUCGAACAACAGUGGCCUUUCAUCCGAAGUUAUCGCACACAUUAAACACAUGGACUAUACGGAACAGUUGAAUCGGCUCGGCAAAGAGAUUGUGGUGGAACAGAAAACGUUUCUACAUCUAAAAAAACAACUAUCAACUUUGCAAUUGGAAUUGGCGCAUGAGCUGCUCGCCAGUAUAAACGGCAUCAGUAUUACAAAUGCAUUCGAAUUUGCGUAUGAGUUUGCGCAAUAUGAUUUGCGAAUGAUUGCUGCCGUCGACAAUUUACGCACUCAAUUGAUGGAGGUAGAUGCGGCAUACUAUGAAUAUCACAUUUUUGAUGAAAAAUUCGUGCGUCCGUACGAAUCGGAAGUUUAAGUUUAAGCUUAAUUGGACAAUUACAACUAGCACGACGAUGUUUCACUUUGUACAUGCAAUAUAAACGAGAAUUGACGGCCAAUCGCCCAAAUGAAAGUGUUUUAAGACUGUUUGCGAAUUUUUGUUUUUGGUUGUGUGGCAGUGACGAAAGUGUAAGCUAUUGUGUGUUACUGACCACCCCAUGAGCAGAGAGUAACACGGGAAGAGGUGUUUUAUUGGAAAAGGUGUAAGAGUGGUGAUU